UGAGAACUGGGUAUAUGCCAAUAGCCAUUUCUUUCAUUUCACAGCUCUAAAAAAUUUUUGGCAGAAAUUUUAUUAACAACCAGCUGAAUUUUUGUUCACGAGACAAAAAAAAGAUAAUGUUGUAAAGUUGUCAUCAAACAAAUGUUUGAGCAUUGUUGUAUAAAAUUACUAUCCAUGAAUGUAUUGGUGUCAUAAACUGCUAAUAUAUAGUAUAUGAACCAAAGAUCUUAAUUGACCAAACGGUGAGUUGAAUAACAAGUAGU